UUCACACACGGCUACGGGAAGCCGAAUAGGACAAUUACAACCACCUCGUGACGUCACCGCCCCGAACCCCUUAGGACACGUGCUACGUUUAUUUUCUUUAUCAAAGACGACCGCUUUCUUCCAUAAAUUUGCUGUAAAGUUUCACUCAAAAUGAAACCCAAAGCGAAUAAAAACGAGGAUGAUGACUGUGUAUUUCUGGAACAGGCUUUGGACACAUUGUACGACUUCGGUAGUGGAACCAGAUCAAAAAAGAGGAAGAAAAAUCAAACCAUGUGUGAGGAGGAGGAGGUUCUGAAAAGUGAUGCAAAUGUCUGCAGUGUCAGUGGAGACAAUUGUGGAGAGGAGCAUUUGACAGAGUUGGACAACACUUUUCAAUGUGAUGCUACCAUCAAGCCUGUAAGACAUGUCGAAGUUGUCACCUUUCAGGAUCCUGCUAAGAAAUCAAGAAGGACCAAAGAGAUCCCAGCCGCUGAUGAAACACCUAAAUCCGAGAUGAUGGAAACCGCCUCAUAUGAUGAUCUCGAUUUGGAGAAGGCUCGCCUUGAGGUGCAUCGUUUUGGAAUAACAGGCUUCAAAAAGGAACAGCAGCGUGUCUUUGAGCGGGAUCGUGCCAUCAUGUUGGGAGCCCGUCCUCCUAAGAAGGAUUACGUCAACUACAAGGUACUGCAGCAGAAAAUCAAAGACAAGAAGAUAAAGGCGAAAGAAGAGGUCCAGCCGGACCUAAAGAAAAAGAAGAAGAGUCACAGCAGGGACAAGAAGAAGACCACAUCAGGUUCCUCAUCAGCUCCCACGGGCCAAGUGGGCCGAUUCAAAAACGGAAUGCUGAUUCUCAGCCCCAAAAUGAUCCAGACUAUCAAGGGCAAAAGAAUGCGAAAAUAAGGAAGAGUUCUGUCUUCAUCAUGGAGCAGGAGAAAAUACAUUCAUUUCUGUUGUGAGUAGAGAACACAUGACUGGUGUGAAACAUCUCAUCAGGAACGUGAAGUGAAUGCUUUGCCACUCACCUAAACCCAGGUGAGAUCGCAUCAGACAUGGACAACAAAGGGAAACCACUGGAUACACGUCGCAUGGGGACAAGCAUGCCAUCCAAGCUAAUUUUACCUCCCAAUUGUGUUAAAUGUCGUCACAAUACAUUCACAAUCAACCACCUGUACCUCAGUGGUUAUAUGCUGGCUAACUACUAAAGGGCAGAGGAUUUACUGCUUUGCUCACAAGGACAUUACCUGGGAUUUUUCAAGCUGGUUGUUGGAAUCAAACUGAUUCAACGUCACAAAUGGACAAUGAGGACAAACAAGUGUGACAAAACAAAGUGGACACGAAAAAGACUUAAUGUUCACUAUUUGUGAGAGUCAAAUUCUACAAUGUAUCUGCUGACUCUGCAGGAGAUGCUGCAGAGUUAGCCUUAUUUCAAGCAAUGCACCACGCUAGACAUAUUACUUUGUCAUCAUGGGUAAUAUAUUUCUGUUUUAUAAACGACAAAAAAUAUAUUUCCUUUGUGUAGGUGUGUACACUAAAUGAUGGUUGUAUACAA